AGCUUAACGAUUUAAAUUUAGAUUGCUAUCACUACAAACUGUAAAUUUGACCUGAAUAUAAUGAGCACAGAUUUCCAGAUUUCAAACCAGCUUUGCUCCCAGCAAUCCGAGCAGGAUGUUUGCGAGGUUUUGACGCAAAUCUGUGAAGUUUGUAAUUUUCUCCUUCUUCUCAAGGAAGACUUUAACAUUACGCAGACCUUCUAUCUUUCAAGAGAAACAGAGACUUUUCAUGGAGACAUAUCAAACCUAUCUAGCCUAGUUCAACCUAUACCCGGAGAUCUGGGAGUAGAACCCAACCCUAUUCAGAACUCAAGGAUAGGUGUCAGAUCAGUUGAGAAGAAAGAUAUCUAUUCAAACAAUCCUUCUCUGGUAUUCGUCCAACCAAAUGAGAAACAGACCAAUAAUUUCACUGAUCUCAAGACGUGUGACGAGAAACCUGGAGUAGGGUUUAUCAUUCUACAGAUUGAAACAGUCAGGAAAAUACUUAUGUCUCUCUUCAACAAUAAGAUGGCUUCGGAUCUGUUCCUUCAGAUAAACCUGAACACUGGAGCUCAACCCGAGGUUCUGGGGAGAAGUACAGGCGUUUUCCAGAAGGUAGUGGAUCUGCUUUACCCAGAGCAAAUUAGAUUUGUUUGUACAACCUGAACUAUAAAUCUAAUUUUUAGUUGUAAUUUUUAUUCUGAAAUAAAUAUAAUCAUUUUA